AACGCAAGUGCGUCAGACUCUCAUCUUCUUCCUCUUGUCAGCACUUACCUUUUCUCUCGUCACCACCUUCCCUUUUCUUGUCCUCGUGUCUCUGUCCCCGCCUCAAAGGGUCUACCCACGCCCUAUAAAGGGACCCUCGUUUGGCCAGAUCCCCACGCACCGCGUCAAGACCCUAGCUUUCUCACAAUGUCGACCUCUGUCCUCCUCACGCCCCGGGACGUGCUCACAAACACGGGCAACGAAGCCCUGGAUCGCAUUGCCAAGUAUGGCCCCUACGGCUAUGCGCCCAAUUUGGGCGGUGCCAUCUUCUUCUGCAUAGUCUAUGGUAUCAGCGCCGUCAUUCUCUGCGGCAUGGCUAUCCGCUACCGACGCUGGUGGAUGCUGGCCACCCUGGGCUUCGGAGCCGCUCUGGAAUGCGCGGGAAACGCCAUUCGAAUCGGCGGUCACUUCAGCCCAGACAAUGUCAAUGCCUACAUUGCACAGCAGGUCAUUCUCGUUUUGACUCCUGCCUUCUUCGCUGCCGCCCACUUCACCAUUCUCUCCAAGCUGGGCGAGCUGUUUGGCGAUCGAUACAUCAAGCCUGUCCGAUCGAGCUGGAUGAUCCCCUUCUUUGUCGUUCUCGACGUUGCUUCGCUCGCAGUCCAAGGCGGGGGCUCGGGGCAGGCCGCCACGGCCGAGAUCAAUGGCGACCAGCCCUCGACGAUUAACAACUAUGGCUACAUUGUCUCUGGCGGUCUCGGCAUUCAGCUGGCCGGCUACCUUGCCUUCAAUGUCGUCUUCUUCCUCUUCGUCUACCGCACUAACGCCGACCCACCCUCGCAGCACACGGAGCGAGCGUCGGCGCAGUACUGGAACGGCCGCAUGAAGAUCUUCCUUGCCGCCGUCUGGUGCUCUGCCCUCCUCGUCCUCCUCCGUUCCGUGUUCCGAACAGUCGAGAUGAGUCUCGGCUGGAUCGGGACAGUCGCCACGACUGAGUGGUUCUACCUCGUCUUCGAUGCCACCUUUGUCACGCUCGCCAUCCUCAUCUUUGUCGCAGUGCCUCCGCCGCUCUACAUGCCACGCGAGGUGCGCCAAAUCGGAAAGCAGAGCGCGGCAGAAGCUGGCGCCGGCUCUGAGAAGCGGGCGGGGUCCGACAUGGAAGCUGCUGCAGCAUCAUCAGCAGCGCCCGCUUCUUCAGAACGCCAAGACUACUCGAUGGCUUCUUCGAUCACGGAACAUGGUGGGCAGCAGGAGCCCAAGGCCGAUCUGAAGGCCUGAGUGGCGCAACGCCCUACCUUGUUCACUCCCAAGGCCUCGUUUGCUUCUCCAAUCUUUCCCUUUGUGCAUAUUAACAUAUCAACAUAGAAAAAGCUUCUUUAAUGAGAGCUCCCCUUCAGCUGGCCGGGGCCUCUGGAUCUAGUCCUUCAUUCAAUUGCACUGCAUUACCCU